AUGUAUUUACGGGGUGGGUUCCUAUUGUUGAUAAGCUUAUUAUCAGUAAGCAAUGCUAACACUCUACAAGGUACAAUAGAUUUGAAGCGUCUGCAGACAAUCCUUCAGGAGAAUGUGAAAAGCAAAGACAUUGCAUCCCUAUAUUAUGCUGUUAAAGGCCUGGCUCUUCUAAAUGCUGAUCUUCCUAAUGUUUGUCAGCAAAUUAAGGACUUCAAAUAUGAUGUCAACAAUAUUGAACAAAUAUUCCAAUUGACAAAUGCUGCAGUAAUAACUGGCUGCCAGAACUCCUUAUCUCCAGAUGUUCUUUCUGCAUCUGGCGCAGUCCUUGACAAACCUGAUGCCACUAUACAAGAUUUAUAUCAUGCUGUAUAUUCAUUAAAAGCUAUUGGAAGAGGCUCAGUUUAUGAUAAGGAAGAUGCUUUGAAGAAUCUCAUUCAGUUGUUGAAGAAAGAUGAUUCACCAGCUAACUAUGCGUAUGUGUUUGCAUUGUGUGAGCACAUGGGAUCACUGGCUUGGACAGCCACACAUGCAGAGGGUGUUCUGCUGGCCGCUGACGAGAGUGACUCCAAAGCUCUGCACUUUGAAGGAGGUUUGCCAGUCACUUCCCAUCUGCUUAGCACUAUUACCAGAACUUACAAAAACUUGAAGAAGCCGUCUCCACUGAGCGAGGAACAGCGUUACAAGUUCGCAGAGUACUUACUGUCACGUCGAUCUGUCAACACAGCCAAGGGAGCCGCCCUUUUAAUCGAAGCGGCAUUUGCUCUCGCUGAUAUUGAGCCUGCACCAAUCAGCAUCGCAAUCAAAGGCAGGAAAUACAUCACCUCUGAGGUGGACACCAUUGAAUUCUCUAUAACUGACCUAAUCGGUCGUCCAGUACGUGGUCUCAAGCCUGAUGAAGUGAUCGCUCAGUCCGGUACACGACUGGCUGAUGACGUAGUUGUCCUCUCCAAACAGCCUUUGACGCAAAAGGCCAAUGAACCGACGACUUUCGUCCUUAACUUGAGCAAGAUUAAGGCUCAAUAUGGCCUGUACAAGAUCGCUCUCAGUGCAGGAGCGAAGGCUGCUAGCGUGAAUGUGGCUGUGCUGGGUGAGAUUCAAGUUAGCAGUGUUGAAGUUGGCAUAGGCGAUGUGGAUGGAACUACAAGCCCCAAGGUCACAACGAUUACAUACCCUAAUGAGUUGAAGGAGACGUUGCAAGCUGAUCAUCUGCAGAAGGUGACGCUGAAAUUCAACGUCCGCGACAAGUGGAGCAAGCCGGUGUUGCUGCAACAAGCGUUCGUCCGCGUCGGCAGCACGAGCGGCGACAGCGAGACUAUCUUCGUCGCUGAGCCCGACAACACCAAGGCGUACAAGGUCGAACUGAACGUGGGUGGUAUUGCUAAGCACCUCAACUACAAUUCAGGCAGUUACUCGCUGACGAUCUAUUUGGGAGACAGCGCCGUGUCCAACCCCAUCGCGUGGUCUGUUGGUGAGGUGCUUUUCAACUUUGGCAAGGAUGCCAAUGCUGUCGGAGCGGCGCUCGUGUCCCCGGCGGGCCCGCACCGCGGUGCGCGGGCGCAGAUCGCGCACGCGUUCCGCUCGCCCGAGGCGCGUCCGGCGCGGCUGGUGUCGGACGUGUUCGCGUGCGCGUGCGCGGCGCCGCUGCUGCUGCUGCUGCUGCUGUGGGCGCGCCUCGGGAUCAACUUCGGGAACCUGCCCCUCACGCCCAGCGUGCUCGUCUUCCACCUCGCGCUCGGAGGUUCCCUGGGUCUGUACGGGUUGUUGUGGCUCCAGUUGACCAUGUUCGACACCAUGCGUUACCUGCUCCCGCUGGCCGCUAUCACUUUCCUGUCCGGUCACCGACUGCUCAGACGUCUUGUAAAAGAUAAAACACAAUCACGUUAA